UUGUGGAUCCUCAAGUCCCACUAGACAAAGUUAGUGAGUUAACACAACAUGCUGUCUCCCUGAGGGAUCAAAGAAAACGUCCUUCUGCCAAGGCUGCAAAAUAGCUCAAGUUCAGAGAUCAAGGUAUUUUUACUAUUGAUAUGCUCGAAUCGGAAGAGUUCCAGAAGCAUUACGAAGACGGCCUUUUCACACCUGCUGAUAUGAUAGCAAUCAUGAUGGAGCUUCUGAUAAUAGCCCCUCUCACCAUCCCACUACUUGGUCGAGUUGAUUGCUCUUUCUCUCAAGUGGAGUUUCUCAUGCCCAGUCUCCUCAGAUCUGUUCCACCCUCUGAGCUAGAGGACCAUCGUGUAUUCACUUCCUCAGCUGAUCCUCUUCUCAUCCGAUUUGUCAGUGGCUGUAUUCGAUGUGGGGUCUUCUGUUGUCUAGUGGUGUUCCUCAUGAAGAAGUGUGGGUGGAUAGUGUGUCUUCCUUCUGGAAAGCCGGUUCUUUUAGCUAGGAACUGUGUCAAGUUUCGGUUACCCGAUUCUCCUGGUAGCGUUACACUGAUUGAUUCCUUCUCUUAUAUGGAGGUCCAUGUCAAAGCCCGACCACAUGUGCUUCUGACCGUGUGUCCUCUAGUUAGAGCCAGUGUCCUUGAAGGUGUAGAUGCUGCUUCUGAUGCACUUCACUACAACAACGACAAGCCAGUCAUUAGCAUCUUCUGCCCUCACGAAGGAGCAACACAACAAGGCAAACGCCAUUUUGCUGAUAUCCACUUAUCGACAAAACUGUGGUGCUGUUCUGAAGAUUUUGAUCUAGAUGGGGAUCUCAAGACGAGUCAUACUGUUUGGUUAGGUACGGCAAUUAUUCCUGCGGAAGGUGCGUUAUCCUCUGUUACGGGAGACAUGUCUACAAAGAUGACAUUGAGUGAUGAGCAGCAACAAUCUGGUGAAGCCUCCUCAGAGGUGAACACUGAAAGAAAGAGACAUCAGCUGCAAUACUCCGGUCCAUCGUCCCCUGUAAUGGAAACUGUGUGUAGAAUGAGUGAUCAAUAUACCAUUUCUCCUCAAAUUCUUCUAUUAGGAAAACCAUCGUCUGCUACGGGAGGUACUGGUAGGAAGACUGAGAGAAAGAGUGAUCAGCAGCAAUACUCUAUCAAUCAAUGUGGGACUCUGGCCAAUGUUGUUAGUAGCACUGGAUCUGGAAUGAGUGAUCAACAGCCUUGUUUGAGUAAUUCUGUAAUGGAAGAUGUGUGCUUGAAGACGGAAGUACAUGAUCAUGAUCAGUGCAUUACUUCUGACAACUUGUCUCCUGCAAUGGAACAUGUGGUCAAUACAACGAGUGAUCCACAUCAACAUACCAGUGAAUUGUCCUCUGUUACAGUAAUGGAAGAUGUGUGUAAGAAGACUGGAGUGAGAGACCAACAACUCAAUCAAGAAAUCCCUGAGAGUGACAUCGUUCUAAUCGCGGAGAAAUUUCCUCACCUGCUGAACGUACACAAGGCUUUGACAAUCAACGAUCUACAACAUGUUUACGAGAAACUACAUGAAAGUGCCAGCCCUUACUGGUUCAAUCUGGGAUUGGCUCUAGGUCUAACUCAUCCUGUUCUCACCAACAUCAAUAGCGAGCAUCGUGGAAAUAAUGUAUCGUGCUUGCGUGAAAUGUUGGCCAAGCUCCUGAGUACACAACAUGUAACAUGGAGUCUCCUGUCAGAUGGUCUCAAAAAGCCCACAGUGAAGCUCAUCAAUUUGGCUGACAGUAUCACAGUCAAUCAAUCCAACCUGCUGGAUGGACUCAACCUCACCCCAGCCGACCUCGGUGAUGUAACUGAUGUCACACGUCGUUAUGGCAAUCAAGCUGGAGUGGCUCAUGCAUUGAGAGCGUGGCAAAGAGUGAAUCCUUCCAGAGCUACCUUCAGGGCCUUGGUGGAAAUUGCCAUAAGACUGAGAAGAGGAGACACUGCUACAGACAUUUGUAGAUUCAUUGUAGACAAUACAGACCGAAACUGAAACUGAUAAAUAACUGUUCUUUACUUUGAUGUUGUUUGUGUCUCUGUAAUUAUAAUGUGUGAGCUUAUUAUUGAUGCUGUGCUUUUUUCAAUACAUUGUUGUGGUAGAAUGUGAAAA